CCUAUCAGUCAAAUGGUAUUAUUCAGGCUGGACGUCAAUGCAUACGCCCGACACAAGACCUAACCACAGGUUGAGAAUCUACUGAACCGUUGAUGAUUCAUUGGGGAUCUAACAUUCCCUUUCAGAUUUGUUUCACACAUGUCAAUGGGUUUUGUGUCCAUGAAUGCCUUUUCACGUCUCGAUUUGGAUCAUUUUGAUUCACACCAUGAGGUUCGUGCAGGAAUGCGUUUCAGUGGGCCAUAUCGACACGUUGUCAUGGCCAGUGGAGCGAAGCGCUCCCACGAGUGACCGUUACUUUUGUUUUAUCAACUUCCGUGAUAAAACAGGUGUAUUAGAGGAUAUACAAUUGUUUAUACGACCAGGUAGGAACAAUGGGACAGUCAUCAUCUAAAAAGGCACAUAAGAAGAGGAACGAUAGAGAGAUCCUAAGAGUACCAUCCAACAGUGGCUCAUUUGGUCGUGGCUAUCGGUUUAUAAGUGAUGAAGGAGUACUCACUGUACCUCCAACAAAUGGGAUGGUGAUCAAUAAGUUUCAUUCCAUGCCAAGAGUUAGAACAAGGAGUAGAAGUCGUAGUCCAGGCCGGAGUCGAGGGUCUGACGGAAGUGAAAGAGGAAUAAUGGUCUUCAGCGCCUCCGAGAAGGGGACUCCUGUCAAUGUCGGCGUUAUUCGGAAGAACUCCGCAAACAGACCGAGUGUCAUGCAUGUGUUUGAUGGUACGUCCACGGAUGUGUACGUACGUCAAUCUUCAAACCAUCACACCGAAACUCACACUCAAAGCUCAGCACAAACAAUGUAUCGCCAAACUAGCACCCAGAAAGCCGUUGCCGUGUCCACAAAUCAGAAAUCGUCUGUGUCCAUCGGCAAGAAACAAGGCGUGCCGAACGGGACAGAGAGGCGAUCGCGGGAAAGACAGAGGCUUCCCUCCAGCACCUCCACGGAACCUCGCCCAGAACGUCCAAGGUCACCAGUGAAACCCAGCAACAACAAAGUUGUCAUGACAACCAACCAAGCACCAAUCAUAGGUACAAGUCAGAAACUUGUGACGACGCCUAUGAAGAUUUCCAACCCACCAGCUAAGACUGUAAGGUCAAAGGACGUAGCAGCCAGGAGAAACAGCAUGAAUCCUGAAUCCCGAGCCAGCGGUCAUGCGUUCCUCCCACAGAAACCUGCCUUGGUACCACCAGUUACACGGAAAAAGGAUAUCAUCAAAAAUGCUGCUAUGUUCGAAGAAACUGAUAGGCAUGCUCUGCAGUGCCCGGAGGCCACAUGUUCUAGUCUCCGAUCUCUCGCCACAUAUCUCACAAGCAAAGCCCCGGAUGAUCUGCACCGUGUUAGAUCCAUCUACCGGUGGAUAACGCACAACAUCAGAUACGAUAUCAACUCGAUUCUCGCAGGCACCUACAGGAAUAUGCCUUGUGACCCCCAAACUAUCCUGUUGACAAGGAAGGCGAUCUGUCAUGGGUUUGCAAACAUUUUCACAGGUCUUUGCAGAGAAGUUGACAUCGUUGCGAGAGCCGUGCCUGGUUUCUCAAAAGACUUCUUUUAUGACCCAGACAGCCAACUUCUAACAUUUGAUGACGUAAACCACACCUGGAACAUUGUCUUCGUUCACGGAGAAUGGCGUCAGAUCGACUGUACGUGGGGAUCUGGCUACAUAGAUGAUGACAAUCGGUUCUGUCCUAUGUUCAACGACUUCUACUUUCUGAUGGAUCCACAAAAGUUCGUGUGGAGCCAUUACCCGUACAUCCGAGGAGGACUUGAAGCAAGUUUCCAAUACCAGUUGCUGAAUCCCCCUCUCAACAUCCAUCUCUUCAACAAGAAAGUGUCACCGACUCUCGCAGCGCUUCAAUGGGGAUUGGAGCUUCUGACCCACAAAGACUGUGUCAUCCACGUCGACAAGAGUGUAAAGAUCGAGUUCAGGGUCAACAGAGUGAUGCUUGUAAACGUCCUUUGCAAAUUCAAAAAAUCCGACACAGGCGAAGAAUGUGAUAGGUAUGUUGUUCCACGAAGAAAGAACGAUGGUUCGGUCAGCAUAACAGUCUACCCUCCUGCCAGGGCUACCUACAAGCUACAAGUGUACGGAGAAUCGGCUGGAGGAGAGUAUCGUUCUUGCCCGCUGAUCUCAUAUUCAAUAAAGUGUAUGUCAUUCAUAUCGGGUAUGAAACCAUUUCCCGAAAACAAUGGACUGUGGGGUGUCAAGGCUGUCGCCGAAAACUAUGGUUUUGUCCAUGACGUUUAUAAAGACGACUUCUUUGUGACAGAUAACGGGAUUGUAGAAUUUUCUGUAGGGAUGGCUAGCAAUACAACGACCCUGCUGAAGAUGGAACAUGCCGUUCAGGACAACCCUGAUACGAACAACUUCGUCACAUCGGAGUAUUCCUACAGCGGUAUGAGGGUAAGGGCUAGGUUUCCUUGGGUGGGGUACUAUAAGAUAUCCCUGUUCGCAAAACCACCUGGCACUGAUGGAAACAGUGUUGAUUUAAUUGCAGUUUACCUUGUCCAAUGCAAAACUGCUCUAAAAGACUGCCAACCCUUCCCAACGUCCUUCCCCUUUACCCAGGCUUGUAUGGCUACCCUGGUCGAACCUCAAAGCGGUGUCAUUCCUGCAGGGCAGACUGUCAGCUUCCUUGUCGAUUCUGUGAAACUGGCGCGGAUCCUAGUGGACGGUCGAGGAUCUUCACCUGUGUCCCCUGGUGUGUUCCAAGGCCAAAUUCAACCCAAACCAGCAGGUGCUUUCGUCAGCGUGUAUGGCAACUUGGACGGUAGCAUGAACUAUGACGAACUGUUUCGUUUCACUGUUACUGAGACACGAGAAGGUAUUGCUGUGUGAUGUUUCUCACCGUAGGUUCCUUCUGAUUUAGGUGACAAGGAUAGGACUUGCUGCUACUCGCGUUUUCGCUUGUGCUUUAAGGUGCAAGAUCAUACCGGUGGCUUAGCUUCCCUCUAGGCUUAGCCGAACUGAGGAUACCACGAUUACGGCAUUUGAACUCAGUGAGUCAGUCAGUCAGAGACCGAGUCAGUGGGAGACCAGUCGGGUGACUGUUUAAGAGAGUGAGUGAGUUGGUUGUGGUAGGAAAGUCCGAACUUAUGCCGACAUGUUUACCAUUUUGGCAAAACCCACGACUACGGCUAUGGCGCUGAUAUACCAAAUAUUAUGAUCAGAUCGAAUAUGGGAUUAAAUCUAUAUGCAAGUACUGAUCACAGCGCCAUUAUCGUCCAAAACAAAUACUGUGGGCAGAACCCAACAAGGAUGCUGCGUCUUCAGCUUCCAAUUUAAGCUUCUGUAAAUUAAGCUAUCUAUCUUUAAUAGUAACAAGUCUCUUCUCAGAUAAUGGGGACAUUUUCCCUUCAGUAGCACAUAGUUACCCGGAAUGGAGUCCACGUGUAUGACCAUUAGAUAGCUAUGUCGUAGUGAUGACGGUAAAACACAUGAAGGAUAAGCUUCCAGCUGGAUACAAAUUCCAUCAUUGGUGAGAAAGAGAAUAAUGAUGUGAUUUUUUUCAAAAAGAAAAACAGCUAAUCUGUGAACUUGGAUGAGGUUUCAAUGAUGCUACCAUCAUGUAUAUUUCAGCAGUAUGAGUGUCAGAAGAGUCGUCUUAACGAUACUGUUUUGCUUAUCUAUUCACAUCAGUACCGGGCUGUAAGUGUGUAUAACGCCAAUUGUAGUGUAUAGAUACUUUUGGAUCCGAAAGGUGCUGUAAUUAAUGAAAUUCAACAAGGCUGAUCUAGAGCAUAUAAUAAACGUAUAUAUAAAUCC